GAAUAAGCGACAGAAUAGACCGGGCACCAGAAUCAAAUCCACAACUUUUUUUCUCGCGAGAUCACCUCGUGAACAUCCUUUCUAAUUUUGUCGCCAUCAUGGGUAAACCUAGAGGUUUGAAAACUGCUAGGAAGCAGAGAAAUCACAGAAGAGAACAGAAAUGGCAUGACAAAGACUACAAGAAGGCUCAUUUGCCUUCAAGAUGGUGCAAACCUUUCCAAGGUUCUUCCCACGCAAAAGGAAUUGUGUUGGAAAAAGUUGGAGUAGAAGCUAAGCAGCCUAACUCUGCCAUCAGAAAAUGUGUCAGAGUACAACUUAUCAAGAACGGCAAGAAGAUCACAGCCUUCGUACCUAAUGACGGUUGUCUGAAUUACGUUGAAGAAAAUGACGAAGUUUUGGUAGCAGGAUUUGGUAGAAAAGGACAUGCUGUUGGAGAUAUUCCCGGUGUCCGUUUCAAGAUCGUCAAAGUUGCUAAUGUUUCCCUCUGGGCUCUGUUCAAGGGAAAGAAAGAAAGGCCAAGGACAUAAGAAGACUGAGCUAGAGAAAUAAAAAAUAAUAAUAAUACAA